UUAACGUUUCCCAAAGACAAAUUGGGUGCAAUAAUUAAGAUUAUGACACUACUUACCGCAAAAGAUGAGAAUAAUACAUACAACAAACAUAAAGUUACUAUUAAACACAAACCAUUCGAAUAUCUUGUCAUGGAAAUGUUUCAGCCUUUUAACAGAAUAUCUGAAGUCAGACAUAAUACAUGCAGUGCCAAUUGGCAACAUGGUAAUUCUAGAGACAGAUACGAAACUUCUGGAAACGAACUUCGAUUUCUGUAUGACAAUUUAGGCUUCGCAGGGAAAUCGGAUAGUAAUGAAGACAUACAAAAUACAGAUUUACAGACCGACUUCAAUUUUGAUAAAUCUGAAUCCAUAUUGAAAUAUGUACAAAGUGCCCAAGAGAGCAAGGAACAUACCUUCACGAAACUGUCUAAAAAUUUAUGGUUUGCCAAACGCAAUGUGAAACGUUUCUUGGAUAUCAAGAAAUCCAUAACUAACAGUGUUAAAGAAGGAUCAAAGUAUUUUAAAAUCAAUUAUGAUAAGAGGUUCAUUUGCAAGAAACGAAAACGCAAAAAUAAAAGUGACGUAGAUUUAGGGCUUGAUUCACUUGUCAGUAAAGCGUUUAGAAAUAAAUCGGUUGAUGGUGUUGUAAUUGAGGUUGUAGAAGACAGUUCUACCGAUCUAGUGAAUGGAAGUAAUGCACCAGCAAAUAUCAGAACGCCGCUUGAAGAAAACCAAGCAUCACGAGAUGCGAAACAGGAGAAUGACUGUAACCAUAAGUUUCUAAUACUAAGCAAUUUUUUAAAAGAAGAAACUCUUGAUAUACGGGCUGUAGACGAAAACGAUGAAUACCUUUCCAAAAAGUCAAACGACGUCAAUGAUGUUGAAAUUCAAAAUUCUGGUAAACUUAAGACUAGUGCAGUUCAAACAAAACGCCAGAAUACCCGAAAACUUGGAUUUUGGGGAAGUCUUCGCCUAAGAAGAAGAAGAACUCGUUCGCCACAUUUAUUUUCUAUCAAUCUGAAAAAUGAACCAUCCUUUUAUAACUUUUUUACGAAUUAUAAAAGGAGGAAAAAGCGUAGAUUUAAAAAAGAAGAGAACACUGAUAUUGAAAGAAAUGUUAAUGAAGAUACUUUGAGCUACAGGGAAUCUCGCAAUCUUCAUGAGGAGGAAUCAUAUAAAAGGAUGGCAAAAUAUAGUGGCAUAUUGGAUAUGGAAAACACUGACAUUUUGAUGGGUCUUGAGCCCACCGUGUUUGAAGGUGUCAAUAAAGAAGAACCAAUAGAGCCAAAACGUGAAGCAAUAUUUAGUGAUAAUGAAGUAAACAUUCAGAGGGCUGAAAUAAAACCAAAACUAACGGAGCGUAAACUGAAAGCGGUGGAAAAGCGACAAGUCUCUAGAGAGUUAGAAAUUCGGUCAGCCAAUGAGUUUGUGAUUAUGUAUGAUGACAAAAAUGUUGCCGGUGAUAGCGCAUUUAGGUUUGGUGAAAGACUGAAAACUAUAACGCAUAGCUUGAAAAAGAAGAAAAAGCGCCGGUCUGUUGUAUUUUCUGAGGAAGCUCCAGAGGUGAAGUAUUCAGACUCAGAUUCCGAAGACACAAAACAUUUCAUUCAAGUUCAAUCUAACGACCAACUAGAAAAUGAACCACAAUGUGUACACCAGAACAUGGUCUGUUUAAACUCAGACUCGGAUGGUACUGAGAUAGAUGAAGCGAAAUUUGAAGAUAAUACAAAAUUUACGCAAUAUUAUAAUAAUAACACUGCAGAAAUUGAGCAAGAAGCACCUUGCGUCCAUGAAUGGAAAGUGGAGCCUAAAAAACAAGGCGAAUGCCAAACUUGUGCUUGUGAAUACGACGAGGACAAUUUAGAUACAUCUUCCCAUAGUCUGGUGAAUAGAUGCUUUCAGGUUAUGCUUCCAGCGAAACGAAUGAGCGAAAUGAAUUCAGUUGCUGUUAAUGUGGUCGGAUCGGAUGAGGAUUCUUUCGACAAGCCUUUAGAGAAAGGGGUCCAAGUAAAAUGCGUCUGUCCAUGUAAUGACCGUUUAAAGACCGAGUUGGAAAGUGAAGCUGUAGCUAAACUGCAAGAACGUUGGUGUAAUUGCGAAGGCAAACACGAUACCAAUGCCAAUGCCGAUGGCAAUGGCAAUGCCAAUGCCAAUGCCAGUCUCAACCAGACGCGAGAGGCUUACACGGGUUUCCCUGCUGCAGAAGUGAAAAAUACCGAGACACAAUACUUGCCGACGUUCCAUGCCGCUGUACAAAGCUAUGGGAUAUCUGAAUGUUUUUCAAAGGACCGUGUUCCAGCCAAACCGGUCAAGGGCAAAGUUAUAAAGGAAGUAACAGAAAGACGUCUAUUUUGGCCAGACAGCGAUGACGUAACACUUCAAUAUGCAGAUGAGAAAACUGUGAAACCUAAGAAGAACAGAUCGACGACGACGGUCGCGAAAACGGUCGCCGAUGCCAGCACCAUCACUUCGGAUUGGUGGAGCCCUCUGUUGGAGAGAAAACCGAUGCGAAGAAAAACGGAAAUGAUAAUAAUUGGCAGUAAUCACUCUUACGACAAUAAAUACAAUUGUCCUACUAGCAACUGGGAUUCAUCGCUAUAUCGUAAUGAUACGGCCAGCGUACUUUCAGCGUCUAACUAUUUGAUACAGUCGGAGCAGUAUUACAACCAGGUGUAUUCUGUGGACAUAAAAACCUCAUCUUCGCGGCAUAAAGAAGUUAAGGAACAUAAGAAAUAUUCCGUAAGCGAAAAGCCUAGUUUCAAAAUGUAUCGUCACGUAAGGAAAGGAGGCAACAAAGCUAGGAGGCUGAAGGAGUGCUACGCGUGUCGUAAGAAACAUUUACAGGUGCACAGCAGUUCUGUGAACAUAACACCAUCACCACCAAAAUGGAAACCGGUCAUCUCUGAAGAAAAAGCCCACGCCCUGAAGUAUUACAAAUGCAGGAACCCCCAAGAUAAACAAAAGAAUCAAAAACCAAAGAUUGUGAAAAAUGUAAAGGACAAUUUGCAGUACUCGAAUUCGCAAACAAACUCGAAUUUUUGGUCGCCCAGUAUUCUCUCAAGCAAUUGAUGUAUUUACAAAAUGUGAAAGUUUUGUCUUUGAUUAAAGUAACUUAUUAAAA